GCCUUGUCCGUGUAAGCGCGAGUGCGCGAGGCCGAGGGUAGAGAUGGUUGAAGGGCAUGCAUGUUAAUUAUAUUAAUCUGAGCUGGAACAGACCAUGGAACGCUUCAGUCUUUUGUGCAACACUUCCUCAUCGAAAUUUGGCUCGUUUCGAAAACCGACCCCUCAAAAACUCUUCGCGUCCUCGACAUGACAAAACGCUGGCAGGCAUGGCUCUCCCCGCGGCCGUCGCGGCGCUCAAACAUUGCCGCCGAGGCCGAGUUCACGGCGGUGCACGGCUCCGCCCUGAUCCAGUCCUUCAACGACGCCGACACGGGGCGCUGGCACGUCGUGGAGACGCACUACGUCGGCAACAAGCUGGCGAGGGACGGGAAAUCGGGCCCGCCGCUACACAUCCACAUCAAGCAGGUCGAGUAUUUCGAGGUCAUGCAGGGUGUCAUGGCCGUCGACAUCAACGGGACGCAGCACAGGCUCACACGCGAGUCCGGGCGGGUCACCGUCCCCCGCGGUGCUCGCCAUCGGUUCUGGGUGCACCCCGACAGCCAGGAGGAUCUGGUCUUCCGGUUCGAUACGGACCCGCAGGACGUCGACAACAUCUUUGACGAGCGCUACCUCAAAAACUCCCUCGGCUACAUUGCCGACUGCGGCCGCGAGGGCCUUGUCCCGUCCUUUCCGCAGCUCUUGUUGAUGAACAUUGACCACGGGACCGUCUUCACGCCCCCGUUCUGGCUGCCGAUCUGGAUGCUGGUCGCGUUCCACCACGUCGUGGGCUACUGGAUAGGCGGGCGUAUUUUGGGGUACAAGUCGUCAUAUCCCGAGUACAGUGACGACCCCCGGGCGAGAUGAACGAGGUUUCAAGGGCCGGUGUUUGAAGUUUCGCAUGUGGAGUUUAUGAUGACGGAAAAUAACGCCAUAUAUGCAUGGGACAUAUGUACAUCAAGCCAACAGCGGCUGCCAGCCGACCAGAAGCCAUGAAUCUCUCGCCAGAACAGACAACAGCACCCCAAAGACAGUCCAGCCUAUCGCUGCAGCAGUGCAAAGUCGCGCAACGGUGUUAUGGGGCAAUCUAGCAGGUGAAGACGGCAGGGCCGGGGAUCUUGUAGGAGGUGACGACGGGCCAGUAGAUGCUGAGUGUGACGCCGGGGUCGUUGGCCUGAGUAGGAAGCAAAGAGUCAGCUGCCGUCCACAUGGCCAGACCAAGAGAACAAAAAAAACCCACCUUGUACGCGCCCGGGAAGCUGACGGUCGAUGGCGUCUUGGUGCCGGUGCCGCCGACGACGUUGAUCUGGGCGCACUCCAUGUAGAACUGGGCGCCGCCGGG